AUGCCUUCUUCCUGUCCAUUCUUGGCGUGCCUGCCACUAAAUCGUGUUUCCAUCGUCGUUGGUAGAAUCCGGGAGAAGCAGCGCAAGGAGUCCUCUCGUCUACAAAUCGUGAACCGAAAGCUGAGUGCGAUGAACAAGUUGUUGAUGGAGGAGAAUGACCGGCUACAGAAGCAGGUUUCCCGUCUCGUCUUGGACAACGGUCUACUCGCUAUUGUUGAGGAGACAUUGGCAGAGUUCAUGUCCAAGGCGACUGGAACUGCUGUCAACUGGGUGCAAAUGGUUGGGAUGGAGCCUGGUCCGGAUUCCGUUGGAAUCGUCGCUGUUUCGCACAACUGCAGCGGCGUAGCAGCACGAGCUUGCGGCCUUGUUGCUGAGAUCCAUAAGGAUCGUGCAUCGUGGUUUCGCGAUUGUCGGCAUGUUGAUGUCCUCCAUGUUAUCCCUACGGGUAACGGUGGAACGAUUGAGCUGAUCUAUAUACAGGGGUUUGGUUUUGUUACCAUGCCUUGUGUCAAGGAGGCAUAUCGCUACAUCAAAUAUCUAAAUCGUUUUGUGAUGCAAGAUCAGGUCAUAACUGCUGAGAAGGUGCAUAAUUUUGUAUUCAUCAUGAGUGAAGAGAUGAAGAGACUUAUUGCUUAUGUGAAAGAUCUCUACGAGGAUACAAACUCAUGCAACAUGGUCAAGGUACAAUGGUUCGACAAAGUUGAUGAGGUUGGUGUUCCCUUGCCCAUGGAUUUCGAUGACAGGGAGAUCUUCUUCUCUCUGGACCGUCAAGAUCUCAAUGUAGAAUGCAUUGAUGGAUUGGCUGCAGUCCUGAGUGUCCAGCACUACGAGAAGUUCAAGGGUGAUACCAGAUACAACUUGUGGCAACCUUAUUUUUGCUGUCGGCAGAUUGAUAAUGGUGACAUCAAACCUUUUGAUGUCACACAGCUGCAAGGCUACUGGAGCCAGGAAGUACUUAUGACCAUGUUCAAUGCAACUUCCUCUCUGAAGGUGCGUUUCAAGGUCCCUAAAUCUAGACCCAAUUCAGAUGGAGGGCUAAAGAGGAAGCGUGAUGCAUUCAACGAUGAUGCUAAUCCACAGAAGUUCAUUCCUUCUAGUGCUUCUACUUCUAGGUUUUAUGGUGAGAACAUCCAACAAUUGUGUCCUGGUUGCCAUGUGGAAGUACUCUCUCAAGAUAGUGGUAUAAGGGGAUGUUGGUUUAGAUGUUUGAUUCUGAAGAGGCAUAAAGAUAAAAUCAAGGUGCGCUACCUAGAACUUCAGGAUGCUGAUGAGACUGGAAACUUGGAGGAGUGGGUUAUGCUAACACGAUUUGCCAAACCUGAUCAACUGGGUGUACGUUUCCUUGGAAGGCCAAUGGUUCGUCCACAGCGCGUGGAACAAAGCAAGGCCUCAUGCUUUGAUGUUGGAGCCAUUGUUGAUGCGUGGUGGCAUGGUGGCUGGUGGGAGGGAAUCGUGCUGUGCCAGGUGGGCAGCGGGCGUCUACAAGUUUAUUUUCCAGGAGAAAACCGAACAGCUGAAUUUGGUGAAGAUGAGCUGAGGUGUUCCCUUGAGUGGGUUGGUAACAAAUGGAAUCCUUUGAAGGGAAGAAAAGAUGUCACAAGCAAGUUGACCUCCACUGCAGAUUGUGGAAGUGAAUGUUUGAUUGGGAAACAAGAUCCACUGAAUUUUUAUGUGCCUAAAAAUUCGGAACCUCAACUAGAGAGACAUCAAUAUGACAAGGGGGGUAUUGAGAAAUCUUCAGUCAGCACAAUUUCAUGAGAUCAGAAACGUGUCCUUGCCGACCUGACUAAUGAUUUGAAGUUAGAUAACUUGAGGUGGAGGCCAAGAAAGAGGAGCAGAAGAUCUGGCUCAAGAAAGCAGUCGGACACAAGCAGUGGAAGCAGCAGCGGGGACAUGGACCUGUUCAGCCCCAGCCCCAGUGGAAGCUUUGGUCAGCAUAAUUUAGUGCCUGACGAGGAGACAUGCAAGAGAAGUGGAGAGCAGACUUUUCUGGGUGUGCGUGUGCAGGUUCCCAAUCUUGUGAUGUCCAGGUGAAAGCCAUCUUAGCUCCGGUUGAAGAUUAACGUGUUAGCUUCUUACUUUCUGGAGUUACACCGACCUUGGCGAGAUGUGGUUUUGUGCAUCCCCAGGUUAUUUUUGCCAGCACAACCCAGAUCCAGUUUUCUGCAGUUUU